AUGUCUUCUGAAUCGAAGACAAGGCCGCCUCUUGAGGAAGUACUGCCGAAAAAAAAUACCCUAAGAAACUACCUGUUUCAACACAAGGUGCCAUUGAGUUAUGCUGAUGUCAUGAAGACAUACCAGAGCUGCUACGACGACACUAGCGUUCCCAAAAAGGUGACAGGACAGGAUCUGCUGAGUCUGCAAAAGAUUCUGGCAUCCCACAGAAAGCAGACCCGCACAAUCAGUCCCCAUGGACUCGCCCUGGAACACAGUGUACUGGAAACAGCUGCGGAGAUGGGCAAUCAUAUGGCUAUCGCUACUUUGGCCGGUGAGAUUCUUACUGCUACUGCUAAAUACGAGCAGGCCAAGGCAUCUGGUAAUUUGGACUCGGCUGUAGACCUCGAGUACUCUCCUGAAGAUAUUGAGCAUGCCCAGAAAUUGCUGAUGGAACUUAGUAAAAAUGAGUUUCCUCUGGCCUUAAAGAUCUCCGGCGACGUGGCGUUCCUUGUCGGCAAAGUGGACAAGGCUGCCGAGCUGUAUUCCAAGUGUGCCGAACUUCUGGCUGGCGACUCUUCAGCGGUGGCUGCUUCCACACAGGCCGAAUGUUUCCGAGGCAUUGGAAUCGUGGCCUUCCAGAACUACGAGCUGGCGGAGGCCCGACUGGCGUUUGACAAUUGCAUUUCCAUGGGAGGAGCCAAGGAUCAUCCAGACGUGCAUUUCUAUCUGGGCCAAAUGGCGUCUGAAGUUAGUGACUACCCUCGGGCGCGAUUCCACUACCGAGAGGCCGCUAGUAAGGGGUUUUUCGACAGUUUUGCUCCUCUGGGCAACCUGGAGCUGUAUUAUUUUGACGAUGUGACCAUGGCUGGCCACUGGUUUGGACUGGGAGCCGAAAUGAACGAACCCAGCUGUCUGGCUGGACUGUUUGACGUGUCUAUGAGGAAGAAGGAGUAUAGCAAGGCAGAGGGGUACAAGGAGCGUAUCUUUGCUGGCAACGCUGAGUUUGUGCGGAGCUUCAAGCAGUCUCGAGACGACCUGUUGAAGGAGCUAGAGGUUUAUGAGAAGAAACAGAGUGAACAAGACAAGGAGAUGACUGGUGGUGAUUUGUGGAAGUAG